AUGAGGUUGCAGGAUGCAUAUAUUUGUACGAUUUGCAGGGACGAUGUUACUGACACUCGUGGCCAAGCGAAGCUUCAAUGCGGAGAUCUUUUUCAUCUGGAUUGCAUUCAUCGCGAAUUUAGUGCGAAGGGAGAGAUGCGAUGUCCCAACUGUAGAAACGUUGAAACGAGUCAAUGGCCUUUCCCAAACAGUCCCAGACCAUCUAACGAGCUCAACGUUGACGGCUUGCUCAAUCGUGGCGACCGUAUUGAUCCUGAAGCACCACAGUUCCAAUCUGAGGGAUUUGGUCGGGGUCUUGCUUAUGCUGUUUUAGAUUCUCCUACUGAAGGUCUCGGUUAUUAUGCCUCGCUAACGAAUCAACCUUACCCUUAUAGCACUACACUUGCAGAAGGGCAUGUGGGUUGGUCCUCUAACCAGCCACAGUUCCAAUUUGGGGGAUUUAGUCGGGGUGAUGCUGCUGCUGCUGCUGCUGCGUAA